GCAUCGGCGGUGGAUGGCUGGCAGUUGCUAUUGUUUUCAUAGCGGGCUUCUCGAUUAUGGGCUUCACCGGCAAGAUCAUCUAUGACAACGCCCCACCAAUUCCGACAUUCAGGCUGGAGAAAGAUGGCCCGGUUCUCUGGACAAGUGAGGAUAUCCUGGAGGGACAGCAGAUUUGGCAGUCCAUCGGCGGACAGCAGGUGGGCUCGGUUUGGGGCCACGGCGCGCUCCAGGCUCCCGACUGGUCAGCAGACUGGCUCCACCGGGAGGCAGUUAUGACCCUGGAGCUCCUGGGAUCCAACUCGUCCACGUACAUCCAGCAUGUGCGCAAGAACACGUACAACUCCGAGACCAACGAGGUCACAAUUGGCCACGCCAGGGCUAAGGUGCUUCGUAGGCUCACGAAAUUCUACGUGGCGCUCUUUACCGGAGCCCCCAGCUCUCCCGAGGUUGAGAACCUUCCGAAGAUGCGCAAGCUUUUCCAGGUCAAGGAUGUGGCCUUGUACAGCAAAGAGAAGGCCGAGAAGAUGGCAGGAUUCGUAUUCUGGUCAUCUUGGGCCUGCGUCACCGAACGGCCUGGAAAGACCCACACCUACACGAACAACUGGCCUCAGGAGCGGUUGGUGGGCAACCGUGUCUCACCCGAGGUGAUCGUCUGGUCCCUGGCCUCAGUGGCCUUGCUGGUCUUCGGCAUCGGGGCGCUCGCAUGGGUCCGAUCUGUGCAUCACAGCGAGCAAGGACAGCUCCCCGCACCCACGGAGGAUCCGCUGAAGGACUUCGUGGUGACGCCCUCAAUGGCUUCCAUGAUCAAGUGGGUCUAUGUCGUCUUCUUCUUAAGCGGCUUCCAGAUUUGCCUCGGGGUAUACACGAUCCACCUGACCAUUGAGGGCAACAUGGGCUUCCCGAACUGGCUUACUCAGCACAUCACCUACACAGUUGCACGCACGUGGCACACGCAAUCUGCAGUCUUUGCCAUUGCGACCAGCUUCCUGUCAGCCGGCUUGUUUCUAGCACCGGCCAUUGGCGGGCGCAAGGAGGAUCCACCUCUGCAGAAGCCACUCUGCGACUUUCUCUUCGUGUGUUUGCUGGUGAUCGUCGGCGGGUCCAUGGCUGGCCAGGUGGCUGCCAUCACCCAAAGCUUCCAGAGCCUCCUGAUGAGCCAGUACUUUGGUCACCAGGGCUAUGAGUAUGUCGAGCUGGGUCGUUUCUACCAAUACUUUCUGCUGGUGGGCCUGCUUCUAUGGUUACUGCUUAUGGUGAAUGCUGUCCACCCUGCCUUGCGUACGCCGAGUUUCAUCACCAAAGAUGCGCGAGGAAAGUGGCACCUCGUGGUCAUCAUCACAUGCGCAGCCGUCCUGAUCUCCUUCUUCUGGGCUUCUGGCCUGAUGUACAACGCUCGCUCCAACCUAGCCGUCAUGGACUACUGGCGCUUCUGGAUUGUUCACAUGUGGGUAGAGGGAAUGUUCGAGGUCUUCAUUACUGUGGUGGUCGCGCAGGUCUUUGUGAUGCUCGGUGUCCUAGACCCAUCCGCAGCCGCUGGAGUCACCCUUUUCACGAGUGGUGUCUUCCUCUUCGGUGGCAUCCCGGGCAUGUAUCACCACAACUACUUUGCAGGCACUCCCUCCAUGAUCAUGGCCAUUGGCGCUUGCUUCUCUUGCCUGGAGGUGUGUCCGCUGGCACUGAUGGGCAUGGAGGCCAGCGAGUACAUUGCCUUGGAGAAGGUAGCGAGGAAGACAGAAAGCUCCUGGCUGAUGAAAUACAAGCCCAUCAUCGACUGCUUCAUCUACGUGGCCUUCUGGAACUUGGUGGGAGCCGGCUUCCUGGGCUUCAUUAUCAACCCUCCAGUGUCGCAGUACUACAUGAUUGGAGGGUACUUGACGCUCUCCCACAGCCAUGGGGCUUUGUGGGGUGUCUACGGUGUGCUGGCCAUGGCUUUGGGCUUGCUUGUACUGCGCCUGUCGGACAUCAAGGCUGACUGGGACACCCGAUGGCUGGAUCUUGGGCUGAAGCUCAUGAACCUUGGAAUGGUGCUCCAGAUCUUUUUGUCGAUCUUCCCCAUUGGCAUUUACCAGUUUUGGCUAUCCGUGGUCAAUGAUUACUGGUAUGCCCGCAGUGAGCAUUUUCACGGAGAUCCUACGGUGCAGUGGAUGAAGUUGGCGCGCGGGCUUGGAGACUCCAUCUUUGCCUUUGCAAUGCUGAUGGUGCUGUGGUUCGUGUUCAAGGACUUUCUCCGCCGCGCAUUCGGAAUCCAAAGUGCGGCUGCACGGGAACCGCUCCUCAAGCAGUGA